CUCCUCUCCAAUCUCCAUCCGCGACCUCUUCAUUACCCAGUGUUCCCUCCUACUUCACAUAUCUGAGUAAUUAAGCGACCACUCGUUUCUUCGUCCCUCACGCCUAUCCCUGUUUCUUUGUUGUCUCUAUCACUCAUGUCCACGCAACUACUUAGGCACCUAUGAAUCUGUGAACUAAAACCAACCUCACUCACUAUCACUUUUAUUGAAUAUUCCUUAUUAACACUUAGACCCCUGUUUUUUCAAACUCAAAUCUCUCUCUCUCUCUCUCACAGAAUGGUCAGACCUCACUCUCUCCUCCUCCUGUUACUCGAUCUCCUACUCCUACUCCUGGGUCGUGCAAACCCACAACAACAGAUCAGCACCGUCGAUCUUUCCGCAUUACACGAAAUCAAGAACAGCCUGACGGAAUUACGCGGUACUGAUUUCUUCUCCACCUGGGACUUCACCCUACCAGAUCCUUGCUCAACCUUCACCGGAAUCACCUGUUCCACCGUUAAUAACCUCAAAAGAGUCACCUCUCUCACUCUCGGCACCGGCCUCUCCGACUCACCGGGACUCGCCGGUUCACUCUCCCCAUCCCUCUCCAACCUCACCGAGUUAACUCAACUCAUCCUCUUCUCCGGCAUUGUCACCGGUCCAAUCCCUCCCCAACUCGGAACCCUCAAAAACCUCCGAGUCAUCUCCCUAACCAACAACCGCCUCACCGGACCCAUCCCAGCCUCCAUUUCAGCCCUCCCGAACCUCCACACUCUCGAUCUCAGCUACAACCAGCUCACCGGUUCCGUACCGCUGGAUCUAUCCGGGUUAACUCAGUUAAAAGUCCUUAUUCUGGCCUCGAACCGGCUUUCCGGGAAUAUACCGAAGUUGUUACCGGCUGAGCUCCUCCACUUGGAUUUGAAAAACAACAUGUUCUCGGGUUUGCUGCCGAAACAGCUGCCGUUGUCCCUCCGGUACUUGUCGGUUUCCGGUAACGAGAUGUGGGGCCCACUCAACAACGGCCUACAAUCACUCUCAGAGUUAGUGUACCUCGACUUAAGCAUGAAUCACUUCAGUGGGACCAUCCCCAUUUCACUCUUCCGACCCACCCUCUCUUCAAUGCUAUUACAACGGAACAAUUUAUCUGGAGUGGUCCCACACACAGUUCCAAUAUCAUCAUCAUCGUCAUCGUACGGUCAGGGAUCGAUCGUGGACUUGAGCCAUAACUCCUUGGACGGGGAACUAUCGGGAGCUUUGGCAGGAGUAGAGAGUCUGUUUUUGAAUAACAACCGUCUGAUUGGGACAGUCCCUGUGGAGUACGUAGAGAGUGUGCUCAACAGAAGCACCAAAACACUCUACUUACAGCAUAAUUACAUCACGAAAUUUCCGAUGAUGGCCGGAACGGCAUUACCCGAUUCGGUGUCUGUAUGCCUAUCUUAUAACUGUAUGGUACCACCGGUGGGGCUCGUGGCGUGCCCCACCACCGCUGGUGGCCAGCUUUCCAGGCCAAUGCAUCAGUGUGCUGUGUUCAAUAAUAGCACCUCCUCUGGUUAAUUUUUAUUUCAUUUUUAGUACAAGGACCACAUAUAAACAUGUGUGACAAUUAUUAUUUUUAUUUUA